AUGUCGUCCCCGUCUAGCAACUCGCGCCAAUCUCAAAUGCGCAAUAACCAACCUCCCUGCCUCCAGGCAUCCGCCGCAUCCAGAUCCCAAAGCAUCGCGGAGGAAGCAGCCAGGCUCACGGCCGUCACGAACCAAGUCAUCGCGACCUUCAAUCGUAACGAAGGAGCCAGGAUCCCCGCAGUUACGAACCAGGCCAUGGCGACCUUCGAUCCAAACAACUUCAUCGAAUCCAUGGACGCCGCCUUGAAUGCCAUGAGAGCUGUCGCCGGUGGUGAGCCUCACAGGGUAAGGAGAAUAAGGAGAAUCGCUCAUGAUAUUGCCAACGUGUAUGAGCGCAAUUCCCAUUUGUCCAGGGGGCGCCGCCACCCGCGCAAUCCCGAAAAUGGGAUUCCCAACCCACCGCCCCCGUACACGGCGCUACCAUCGAAGGGUGAAGUUACAAUCGAGAUGGCUUUACCUGAACCUGAAUACACCCCGCAUUACACUCCAUCCGGGCAAGGCCAGAAGAGAAAGCGGGAGGAGGAAGUUGAAAAUGAGGAGGACGAUGACGUCGAGGAGGAAUAUCACGGCUUCAUUAGAUCAUCCGCCCCAUCGCCUGAACCGACAGUUCCCCAAAGAGCCACCCGCUGUCCCGGUUUUGCCGUUGAAGACGACGGUGACGUGAGCGACGAGGCAGCAGCAUGA